GUGGGGGGGAGAAAGAAAAAAGGAGGGAUAGUGGCGAGCAGGGUUACGGCCGCCGCCCACACGCCGCGCCCCCGCCUCUUCGCCGGCCCGGCCGCCGCCCUCGGCCCCCGGCCGCUCCCCGGAGGCCCAGUCCUCGGAGCCCACGGCUGGCCGGACGCUGUCCGCUGGCGGGGUCCUCAGGGAUCAUGGCCCAAGUAGCAAUGUCUGCCCUGCCUGUUGAAGAUGAGGAGUCCUCAGAGAGCAGGAUGGUGGUGACGUUCCUUGUGUCUGCCCUCGAGUCCAUGUGUAAGGAACUGGCCAAGUCUAAGGCAGAAGUGGCCUGCAUCGCAAUGUAUGAAACAGACGUGUUUGUCGUGGGAACUGAGAGAGGACGUGCAUUUAUUAAUGCCAGGACAGACUUGCAGAAGGACUUUGCAAAAUACUGUGUUGCCAAAGGGUCGCAUGAGAUGAAACCCCCAUGCCCUGCACACGAGGUGCAGAUCGAGUCAGGGGAAAAGGAAAUACUCAGAAAAGCAGUCGAAGACUAUUUCUGCUUUUGUUACGGUAAAGCCGUGGGGACGACAGCAAUGGUGCCUGUUCCGUAUGAGAAGAUGCUGAGAGACCAGGAGGCUGUGGUGGUAGAGGGGCUUCCAGAAGGAGUAGCUUUUCAGCACCCUGAGAACUACGAUCUGGCCACCCUGAAAUGGAUUUUGGAGAACAAAGUGGGGAUUUCAUUCAUCAUAAACAGACCUUUCCUAGGUCCCGCAAAUCAGCUCGGUGGGCCUGUGAUGGUUCCAGAUGCUGAGAGAUCAGUGACAUCACUGAAUGAAAGUUGUGGCCCUGUCAAUGUGAAAAGUGAACCCAUGGAAGAUUCUGGCAUUUCCACGAAAGCAACAACUGUCUCAGUCAAGAAAGAAUCAGAGGAUUUUAACUACUAUCAAUAUAAUACACAAGAAAGCUAUAACUCAGCGAGCAGUGAAAUAAUAGACAUGGAAUUACCGAUGGAAGAUUCUACUCAGCUUGUCCCUUCAGAAACAAGUGAGGACCCCGAAGCUGAGGCAAAAACUGAAGGAAGCAGAAAUUCACCCCAUGUUACUGCAGUAGGUGUUGAUGAUCUUAACAUCGUUCAGGUAACAAUUCCAGAUAAUGAGAAGGAAAGAUUAUCAAGCAUUGAAAAGAUAAAACAACUAAGAGAACAAGUCAAUGACCUCUUUAGCAGAAAGUUUGGCGAAGCAAUUGGAGUGGAUUUCCCUGUGAAAGUUCCUUACAGGAAAAUCACAUUCAACCCUGGCUGUGUGGUCAUUGAUGGCAUGCCCCCAGGGGUGGUAUUCAAAGCCCCCGGUUACCUGGAAAUCAGCUCCAUGAGAAGGAUCUUGGACGCCGCAGAAUUUAUCAAAUUCACAGUCAUUAGACCACUUCCAGGCCUUGAGCUCAGCAAUGUGGGAAAAAGAAAGAUAGACCAAGAGGGCCGUGUAUUUCAAGAAAAGUGGGAGAGAGCAUAUUUCUUCGUGGAAGUGCAGAAUAUUCCUACAUGUUUAAUAUGCAAGCAGAGCAUGUCUGUGUCAAAAGAAUACAAUCUGAGACGCCAUUAUCAGACCAACCACAGUAAACACUAUGACCAGUACACCGAGAAGAUGCGUGAUGAGAAGCUUCAAGAGCUGAAAAAAGGCCUCAGGAAAUACCUCUUAGGAUCAUCAGGAAUUGUGUGUCCUGAGCCAAAACCAGUGUUUGCAAAUGCGAGUCCAAAUGAAAAUGCUGCCGUGCAGCCUGUAGAAGAUGUAGCUGGGAACUUAUGGGAGAAAUUACGUGAAAAAAUCAGAUCAUUUGUGGCAUAUUCUAUUGCAAUCGAUGAGAUCACAGAUAUAAAUAAUACCACCCAGUUGGCCAUCUUCAUCCGGGGCGUCGAUGAGAAUUUUGAUGUGUCAGAAGAACUUUUGGAUACAGUGCCCAUGACAGGUACCAAAUCUGGAAAUGAGGUGUUUUUGCGUGUUGAGAAAAGCCUUAAAAAGUUUACUAUUGACUGGUCAAAAUUAGUAAGUGUGGCCUCGACUGGCACCCCUGCGAUGGUAGAUGCAAAGGACGGACUUGUUACAAAACUGAAGGCCAAGGUGGCACUGGCUUGCAAGGGCUCAGAUCUGAAGUCUGUUUGUUGCAUCAUUCACCCAGAGUCACUUUGCACUCAAAAGUUAAAGAUGGACCAUGUCAUGAAUGUGGUCAUUAACUCCGUGAACUGGAUAUGCUCCCGUGGACUGAACCACAGUGAGUUCACAACUCUGCUUUAUGAACUGGACAGCCAGUAUGGCAGCCUUCUGUACUACACAGAGAUCAAGUGGCUCAGUCGUGGGCUGGUGCUGAAGAGAUUUUUUGAAUCGUUGGAAGAAAUUGAUUCCUUCAUGUCAUCCAGAGGAAAGCCCCUUCCUCAACUGAGCUCUCAAGAUUGGAUCAAGGACUUGGCCUUUCUGGUGGACAUGACAAUGCAUCUCAACACUUUGAACAUCUCUCUUCAAGGUCACUCACAAAUCGUUACGCAAAUGUACGACUUGAUUCGGGCCUUCCUAGCCAAACUGUGCCUUUGGGAGACUCACUUGGCCAGGAAUAAUCUGGCCCACUUCCCCACGCUGAAAUCAGUUUCCAGAAAUGAAAGUGAUGGCCUGAUAUACAUUCCCAAAAUUGCAGAAUUAAAGACUGAAUUCCAGAAGAGGUUGUCCGAUUUCAAACUCUAUGAAAGCGAACUGACCCUGUUCAGCUCUCCUUUCUCCAUGAAGAUCGAGAGUGUACAGGAAGCACUUCAGAUGGAGGUUAUCGAUCUGCAGUGCAACACGGUACUGAAGACUAAAUACGACAAGGUCGGAAUCCCAGAGUUCUAUAAGUACCUCUGGAGCAGCUACCCGAAAUACAGACACCACUGUGCAAAGAUGCUCUCUAUGUUUGGGAGCACCUACAUUUGUGAACAGCUGUUUUCCAUUAUGAAACUGAGUAAAACUAAAUACUGCUCCCAGUUAAAGGACUCCCAGUGGGAUUCCAUGCUUCACAUUGGGACCUGAGCAAGACCAGCCAUGCCCAUUGGGCAUAAGACCAGACCCCUCCAGGCCCCAGGGAUUGUGAGACAAGAAAACGAAUUCUUAAACAUU